AGUUCAGCCACAGCAAAGCAAAACCAGAGUACAGGAGAGGAAAAAAAGCAAGAAAAAACCUUUUCAGCUCUAAGCUCACUGCUAUCUCAAGUCCAUCAUGUAACAGAAGUAUCAGAGAGAAUCAUUUCAUCAAAACCAGAAGCGCAGCUUUUCUCCACUAUCUGAUCAGACAUCAAGUUUUGAGCAUCUCUGAAUGGACAAGACCAAACAACAAACAUGCAGAAGAGUCAGAACUGGGCAUCUCAGAUACUCCAGUUUUAAAUUAUUUCAGUUCUUUUGAAGAAAUACAACCACAUUCCAGACUAACCCAUUCAGGAAGAAAGUCACAGUAUAAGAAGGAUUCUACUGUGGGAAGUUUUUCCCUUAGAUUCAGCCUUUACCAAUACACAACACAAUAUCUUCCUUCAGAGAAGCAGCAACACAAAAUCUACUGAAUUAAGGCUGGGAACAAACACAAAGCUCCCAAAAAAAGAGAUUGUUCAGAUUUCACACCUCUUAAAACAUGUUGGGAAAAAAGUUGGUGACCGCACAGAAGCGAGGAGAGACAAGAGCCCUGUGCCUGGGACUGGGAAUGGUCGCGUGCUCCAUGAUGAUGUACUUCUUCAUUGGGAUCACCAUUGUGCCUUUCUACACUAAAAGUGUUUGGACAACAGAAACUGUGUGCAAAGUACUCAAGGCCAACAUCAAGGACAAAGUUCUCUGCCCAAACAGUGAAGCCUCAGAGGAUGAGGAUAUCUUUCCUUACCCCUGUCUACAGGUGUGGGUUAAUCUGACAGCCUCAGGACAAGAAGUUAUGCUGUAUCAGACUGAAGAUACACUGGAAAGAAAUCCUAAGUGCUCAUAUGUCCCAGACAAGUCGGAGAACUCAAAAGAAGUUAAAGCACGAAUAGAAACAAUUGCAAGCAAUUUCAAGAAAUACCAGAUUUUCCCAUGCUACUAUGAUCCUGGAGGAACACAGACCAAUGUCAUUUUAAGCAGGCUUUAUCCUCCAAAAGGCCUCCUCUUUGCUUUCCUUUGGCCUACGCUCAUGUUUACUGGAGGAUGUCUGAUUAUUGUUCUGGUAAAAAUGAGUCAGUAUUUUUCUGUUCUUUCUGCUUGGCAGUAGAAGAGAAAUACUUGGCAGAGAUUAUUGCAAUCUAUUAAAGUGCCUUCAUUCUGCCUAU